AACAAAGUUUGUGGUGGUUUUGUUCUCUCUUUCUUCUCUUUCUACUCCUCCUCCAACAUGGAAGUAACAGUGAGCUCUAUUGUUACCUCCAUAGCUUUGGUAACUUUGCUAACAUGCGCGUGGAGGGUAGUGAACUGGGUGUGGUUGAGGCCGAAGCAGUUAGAGAAGUGGUUGAGAGAGCAAGGUUUCAAGGGAAAUCCAUACAAAGUGUUGUAUGGAGACACAAAAGAGAUGACGUCAAUGACGAGGGAAUCAAGAUCCAAACCCAUGGACACGUCCUCAGACGAUAUUAUCCCACGCGUCCUACCAUCCCACCAUCAUAGCGUCCACCUUCAUGAGAUGCAACACUGCAAACCCACUCCGGCGGCUUCCCAUUUAGCCGACGAAGCCAUCUCCGGCAUCCUCUCUUCCUCUUCCUCCUCCGUUCUCCCUUCUCCUCGUUCUCUCGCCCUCUCUUUUUGUUAAGAGUUUGGUUCUCAACCGUUUGACAGAGAAAAGAGAAGGGGAAGGAAAAAGAG